GGCCGCUCUCAUUCUUCUCUCUGGUGCCAGCAAACAGCGCACAUAACUUCACAUCCCAUGACAUUCGUGAUGUAAUUUGUCUCCCCCCAGAGACACGUGAGGGCGCAGUGGGGUUAUGGGCGGCGCACCACACCACCCGGAGCGGCCAAUUGCGCGGUCAAGCUGCCAUGACGUCACCGGCACGCAAUGUCUCGUAGACGUAGUUUAUACGCCGGUGCUUUGUAAGAGAUGACUGUGUGUGUAUCUUUCUUGACGUGCCACCUUCUCCUUCCUCCUCCUUCCGUGCCCGCGGAGCGACCCUGGGAUCUAAUCGGUGAGAACAGCUGUUGCUCGCAGCAGUUCCUUCGAUCAGUCAGAUCACGACUGGCCGUCGUAGUACGUGCAUCGCGUAUACAGAAUAUCAGUUGGAAUUCCAAGACGAAAAACGCGGCUGAAGGAGGAAGUGAUAAAAGGUAGAUAGAUAGAGAGAGAGAGAGAGAGAGAGAGAGAGAGAGAGAGAGAGAGAGAGAGAGAGAGAGAGAGAGAGGAAGAAAAAGAAGUCACCAAGGACUUCACACCUACGUAGCACACUACGUGUUAACAAACGACGAACUUCAAACAACAAAGAAGACACGAGAGAUUCAGCGUAACGCAACAGCGAUAUGAAUCUAUCGUUCGCUGGUUGUGGCUUCCUCGGCAUCUACCACGUCGGCGUGGCGGUAUGCUUGAAGAAGUACGCACCGCAGUUGCUGCUAAACAAAAUCAGUGGAGCGUCCGCUGGCGCUAUCGCCGCAUGUUGCUUACUCUGCGAUCUGCCUCUUGGAGAAAUCACGAGUCAUGUAUUGCGUGUAGCACGUGAAGCGCGACAGCGCACGCUCGGACCGUUCAGUCCAUCUUUCAAUGUGCAUCAAAUUAUGCUGGAGAAUCUACAAAAGUUUUUACCGGACGAUGCUCAUAUCCGUGUAAGCGGCAAAUUACAUAUCUCUCUGACCAGAGUAUACGAUGGGAAGAACGUGAUUGUCUCACAAUUCAGUUCGAGAGAAGAUCUACUGCAAGCUCUGAUGGCUACUUCGUUCGUACCGCUAUUCAGCGGUCUGUUACCGCCGCGAUAUCACGGGGUUAGAUGUAUGGACGGUGCCUUUAGCGAUAAUUUACCUACGCUCGACGAGAACACCAUUACCGUUAGUCCGUUUUGUGGAGAGAGCGAUAUUUGCCCGAGGGACAUUUCGUCUCAACUUUUUCAUGUCAAUCUUGCUAAUACAAGCAUAGAACUUUCCAAACAAAACAUAUAUAGAUUUACAAGGAUACUCUUUCCGCCUAAGAUCGAGGUUCUUUCGAAUAUGUGUAAGCAAGGAUUUGAUGAUACAUUAAGAUUUUUACAUCGUAAUAAUAUGUUAACUUGCACGCGGUGUCUUGCGGUACAGUCAACAUUUGUCGUGUCGGAAACUCUUGAUGAAAGUAUGGAAUAUGAUCCAGAAUGUUUGGAAUGCAAGCUGCAUAGGCAGGAAGCAUUGGUGUCAAAAUUGCCAGAGACUGUUUUGACCAUAUUCCAAGAUGCUAUAGAUUCUGCUAAUAAGGGAUUCAUUAAUUGGCUAUUUAAACACCGUAGUAUGAAAUUGUUGUCGUUGUUGAGUUUACCUUGCACGAUACCAGCAGAUAUAAUGUAUGCAACCAUCACAAAUCUGAUUGGUAACAAGAUAGAAACACGCUCUUUGGAAUACAAAGUAGUCGGGAAUGUUCUGCGUAUGCCACAACAGACGUUUUCUUGCUCUAAGCACCUAACACCUCCUGGAAUCAUUACUUUCAGUGUUCCAAAGUUACGACAUAACUUAGACGAAUUAAGGAAAUUCAUCUUCGAAGUAUUGACUGUACUCUUCCCGAAAAUCCACGUCUAUUUGCAGCCAUUGCCUCCACUUAUUAACUGUCAAUUUAAUAUCACGGAAUAUGGCAUGAACUUCCAGGAAGAUAUUCAAACUGGAGAUGACGCAGAUACUGUGUAUAAGAAACAAAAAAAUCUGAAUUUAACUCUCCAAUAUAAUGACCACCAAACAUGGAAUGAAUCCAGAAAAUCAAGUUGUGUAAUUAAUAUGGGCGACCUCACAACAGUGGAUGACACUUUCGAAAGUAUCCUUCAAGCAACUUCCGAUCAAGAAGCUGUAAUAGCUUAUUAUUAUAUGGAUGACAAUAACAAAGUGCAAAUGACGGAAAUCUUUGACGUAACCGAUUCGGAAUCGCAUGCCAUGCUCUCCAUGGACGAAGUAGAUACUAAUGGUAAACUUGAAUUUGAUGAUUGGGAUGAGCAUACGUAUUUAUCUCAGCGUACAAUUAAUGAUGUGAAUACAGAGUCUCUUUACACCGAUGGAAAUCUACAGUCGAGCAAUGCAUCAGUUGCAUCCUUAGAUGACAUAUUAGAUAGUCCAAACAUGUUCUCCGAUCCGGAAAGUGAAUGGGAAGCGGAAGAAGGUCAGCAGAAAGUGCAAACUUCUAAAUCUCCGGAUAGUUGGCCAGAGGUAGAUCAACCGUCUACGAAAAGUUUACAGAAACAAUAGUUUAGUUAGUUUAUUCAUUUAGGUUCUCAAUUCUGGAAAACAAAAAGUUUUAUAAGAAUAAGUUUUAUAAAGAAUAGCAGAAUUGAGAAUUCGAAUCAUCAUAUUAUUCUUGAAUUUAGCUAAUAAAUCAGGAAAAAAUCACAAAAGUGAAUACUAUUUUAAUUUGAAUUAAUAUUUCUAGUACUGCCCUUAUCACUCUCUUGUAUUUUUAUUCACGAUACAUAAAUUAUACGCAAAAUGUUCCUGAAGCUAUCUUUUGGAGAAAUAUCUUUUGCCACUGUUUGUAGCUAAUCGUAUCUAAAUGGAAAAUCAAAUCAAUGAAUAUUUAAUAAUAAUAAUGUAUAGUUGUGUCACAAAUUUAAACAUUUAGACAUAUUUCUGCCGAUUAUCUAUAUUUUCGAAUUUUAUUCAAUAAGAUCUCCGUAUUGUAUGUAAAAACAAUCGUACCAAUAUGUUUUUAUGAAAUAUAAUUAAGAUGAAUCGUUGAUGCGCAUAUACAAAUGCAACACGCAACACAUUUACGUGAAGAUAAAUAUGUGCCAGUAAUGCUAUAUAUAUAAGUGUAUAUUUAAGUGUUUGUAACGAGACAUAUAUACAGUAUUGUAUGGUAAUUCAAUUUUGCUAAUGAAAAUUUAACUUUAGCGAUAAUUUAUGUGAGCUUAUAGAUCUCACACAAAGAGACUGACAUAUUGGUAAUCGAAAGGCAUAUGACCAGAUAGUUUCAAAACUGCCGGAUAUACAUUUUGCUGUAGAUUCUUUGGUUCGAUCGAAGUCUAUUUUUAUUCAACGAGAAUAUCGCGUCACUUAUAGUGUCUAACAGAAAUUAGCUUUAUUGGAAAAUAGAAUUUUCUGGAAUAUUAUACUUUAGAUGCCAGAACAAGAAAGUAAUAUCUUUUUUGAAUUUGGACAGAAAUAUAAUUGCAGAAAUAUAUAAUAUUGAAGAUUGAGAAUAUAUCAAGCGAUAAUUUCUUUCGACAAUAGAUGACGAUUAUUCCCGAUUGAAAAAAAAUCAUCUACGAAUUGAUACUAAAGGGUGGGAAGUUAAAAAUUAAAAGUACAUUCGACGGUACACCAUAUACACAGAGUAUGCGAAAAAAAAUUUCUAUCAAACUUUGAUAGCACAGAGAGAGAGAGAGAGAGAGAGAGAGAGAGAGAGAGAGAGAGAGAGAGAGAGAGAGAAAGUGAGAGAUUUUUUGCGUAUUCUGUGCGAUUUAUAAUGCAAUAAAAUUUCUUUGUUACCGUAAUUUUACUGUUGUCCACAAAGUUAUAAAAAUAUGCCAAAUCUGGGUUGUGAAGGUAUAAUUAAAAAAGAAU